UACACGUCAUUGACCUCUCUUUCAAUAACUUCAUCGGAGAUUUACCAUUGCAAUACAUUUGUCAUUGGAAGGCGAUGAUGUCUGAUGAGGAUACUUCUGAUUUGCACUACAAUUCUGAAAGGAAUUAUUCUUCCUACUAUCUCUCAGGACACAAUUGCAAUUAUGGAGAAGGGAAUAUCCUUGGAAAUGCAAAAAAUUUUAACCACCUUCACUACUGUGGAUCUAUCCAACAACCUCUUUGGAGGAAAGAUUCCAGAUGCUUUGGGCAAUUUAAAAGCAUUGAAAGUACUCAACUUGUCCGGAAAUAGCCUUACAGGUCAAAUUCCAUUUUUGUUGGGGAAUUUAAGCGAACUUGAGUCGCUAGAUCUUUCAAGAAACAAUCUCUCAGGUGAAAUCCCAAUGCAAUUGACAAGUUUGACCUUCCUUGAAGUUUUGAAUCUAUCAUACAACAACUUCACUGGAAGUAUUCCGCAAGGGAACCAAUUUAACACGUUUUCAACUGAUUCCUACGAGGGAAAUACAGGAUUAUGUGGGUUGCCUUUGUCAAGGAAGUGUGAAGUAACAGAUAGAGCAUUACCUCCUACAUCAACGUUCCAUCAAGAAGAUGAUUCAACAUGUUUACUUGAUUGGAGAUUUACCUUGGCAGGAUAUUGCUCUGGUUUAAUAAUUGGAUUGGUUGUUGGCCAACAGUUAUUUUGGAGAAAAAACAGAUGUUCUGAGUUCAUUUCAAGAGCUGUAGUGGUAUCCAAACAGAGAAAAGGGUCAAGGAAAAUUAAACGCCACAAUAGAGGGAAAUGAAUCAAUCUCCAUGCCCUAAAUAUAUUAGAUUUGUCAUUGUAU